AUGGCGGAAAAUGAGCAGCCCGCGCAGGGCUCAUUGGCCUCGACAUUUCCCGGCCCGCCCGUCUUCUGGAAAGACUUCACGCCCGAGAACCUGGAGCGGGUCGAGGCUCUUCGCAAAGCCCACGCCGAGGCAGAAGGCGACGCAGUCGGCCCAGCCACCAGGAUCCCCGGUGUUCCCGAGGAGUUGGUGAACUUGCAGCCACCCGCGCCGCCUGCAGAUGGACAGUGGAGGGUGUUUGGUGAUCUCUACAAGCUUGAAGAUGAACUCCCCUCGCUAGAAGACCAGGGAAUCACCGACCUCGCACCCAAAGACGGCACCGAGGAUGAUAAGGCCCUCCAGCUCAAGCGCAUGGCCAAGUCGCUGCUGCUCAACUUCUUCGAACUCACAGACAUCAUGGCCACCAAUGUCAGCCAAGCUGAACCGAAGCUGAACGACAUCCGCACCCUCUUUAUCAACACGCACCACACCAUCAACGAGUGGCGACCACACCAGGCCCGAGAGGCACUGAUAGCCAUGCUCCAGGGCCGCAUUGACCGUGUCCGCAACGAUACCAAGUUGGUGCGGGAGGCCACCGAGAGGACUCGUCGCACCCUCGAAAGCCUCGCCGACAUCGAGGUCCCACCCGACCCGACAGGCCGUGCUACCGCACCCUUUGAGGAUACCCCACUGGAAGGCGAGCGGCGCCGCCAGGCUAUCGAGCAGCGGCAGGCGGAGAUUUGGGACGCCAUGGACGAGGCUGCGUUUGCUUAG